GACUAUACGUAAACGUCACAAGUUGAAGUAAAUAAAAACAAAGUGAAUUGGGGGUAUUAUUGGCUAAAUUAUAAUAAAAUUACCUACUUUUUAAAAUGUCCGGAGAAGAUUGUGAUGCCUUUGAUCGAGGAGACAACGACGGACAGAAGCCAGAUAAAAUGUUUACUUUGAAAAAGUGGAACGCUGUUGCCAUGUGGAGUUGGGAUGUGGAGUGUGAUACCUGCGCUAUUUGCCGCGUCCAAGUUAUGGAUGCCUGUCUGCGCUGCCAAGGUGAGAGUAAGAAGGAUUCGUACGGCAAACAAGAUUGCGUCGUGGUGUGGGGCGAGUGCAAUCACAGCUUCCACUUCUGCUGUAUGUCCUUGUGGGUGAAGCAGAACAACCGGUGCCCACUCUGCCAGCAGGAGUGGUCCAUACAGCGCAUGGGCAAAUAAUUUAAUCAAAUAAUACCAAGAAUGUACUACAUCUUAGAUGUCUUCUUAUAAUAAACGUUGCAAUCUCA